AUGAGAACUUGGUUUUGGAUCCGUUGGUUAUUAAUUUUUAAGUGCGUUAGCACAGCGCAGCGCAACUUUCGUAUAUUCUACGAUGAUGUCAACGUCAAAAUUUUCGACAUGGACAGAGUCGAGAAGUUCGGUUGUCAGGUCCUUCAAAUGAACAAUCGCAGCUAUACAAAUUGCCAAGUGAGGCUAAGGCAUAAUAUUAUUAAAUUGACCGUUCGCACUGCAUUGGAUUUUUUUAAACAAAACGGUCAAUCGAUGAAACUAUACGAUGUUCGAUUGGAUGCCUGCCGUUUCAUGGAUACCGUACAUAAAAAUAGAAUGUUUAACAUAUAUGCCAAAAGCCUAAAAAAAUUAUCGAACUUGAAGUGUCCCCUUAAAGCGAACUUCAAUUAUACUCUGGAAAAACUCUAUUUGGACGAGCAGGAUUUCCCAUCAUUCGUGCCUUUUGGAACAUUUCGCAGUUUCAGCGAAUUUUAUGUAAACCAAAGUAUUGUUGGAGCGCGAAUUAAAGUCCACGGUAAAGUUACAGCCUGGCAUUGA